AAAAGAAAAGGAAAAAACCCCUAAUCAUAAAGGAAAGUAGGAAACGGCAAAACCCUCUCUUAAACCCUCUCUUUCUCUCUCUCUAAAAUCAAACGUUCCUCUCUCCUCUUCUUCCUCUGCCGCCCACUUUCGCCGCAGUCGCCAUGGCUUCCUCAGAGGUUCCGACGGCGUCCACUGAGGCGAUUAAGUUUGCUUUCUUAACUGACGAGGAGGUGCGACAGCACAGCUUUCUGAGGGUUACCGACCCAUCUCUCCUUACUCAAUUAGGAAACCCCGUGGCCGGUGGGCUAUACGAUAAGGCACUCGGCCCAAUUGAUGACAAACCCGGCGAAAGUUGCGGAACAUGUGGUGAGAAGUCGCGUAAUUGCCCGGGUCAUUGUGGUCAUAUUGACCUUGCGUUGCCAGUUUAUAAUCCCUUGCUGUUCAAUACUCUUUUCAAACUUCUACAAAGAACGUGUUUCUUCUGCUACCAUUUUCGGACAGACCAAACACAUGUUGAGAAAGCUGUUUCCCAAUUAAAACUCAUAAUGGAAGGUGACGUCGUUGGGGCUAAAAUGUUAGAUUCUGACUCACCUAGUGAAUACUUAGACUGCAACGAGGGAGAUAGUCACAGUGACAAGCAUGCAAAGCAGCAAGGAUGGACUUCUCUUCAGUUUACGGAGCUAAUGUCUGUUUUUGAUAAGGCUUUGCCGAAACAAGGGAAGGACUGCAACAAUUGCAAGGCGAAGAAUCCCAAAAUCAUCAAACCUACUUUUGGAUGGUUUCAAAUGAGUGGCGCUGAAAAUGCGAGAGAAAAUGUUAUCAGAGGGUGCAACCUGGUGGGACCCUUAACUGAUCAAGAUGAAGGGGAUGAGAAUGAAAAUGUUGACAAUAAUGAUAUGGAAAAGCACAAUGGAGAAGGAAGCAAAGUGCCAAGUGAGUUCCUUAAUCAGACAACUUCCUUGUCGGGAGAUCUAUUACCAAAACAGGUUCAAGACAUCAUAAAGCUUUUGUGGGACAAUGAAGCUGAGUUCUGCUCUUUUAUUGGUGAUAUCCAAUGCCAAGGAAUUGGAAGAAAAGCAGGUCACUCUAUGUUUUUCUUAGAGACUGUACUUGUGCCACCAAUCAAAUUUCGUCCUCCAUCCAAGGGUGGUGAUUCUGUGAUGGAGCAUCCUCAAACCGUUUUAUUAAGUAAGGUGGUGCAGGCAAAUAAUUCUUUGCAAGAGUCUGUUGUUACCAAGUCUGACCCCUCAAAGACAAUUCGGCAGUGGAGGGAUCUUCAAGAGUACAUAAAUGUGAUGUACAAUAGCAAAACUGCUACUGGUAAAGGUCAAAAAGAUGCGGAUCCUGGAAUAUGUCAGUUGCUUGAGAAGAAGGAAGGCCUGUUCCGGCAGAAAAUGAUGGGCAAACGGGUUAAUUAUGCAUGUCGGUCUGUCAUAUCCCCAGAUCCCUAUUUAGCUGUUAAUGAGAUUGGAAUUCCUCCGUAUUUUGCAACUAGAUUAACAUAUCCUGAGAGAGUUACUCCGUGGAAUGUUGACAAGUUGAGGAAUGCAAUUGUCAACGGUCCUGAAAUCCAUCCUGGAGCUACACAGUAUGUUGAUAAGUCCUCUGUGAAGAUGUUGAGACAAAACCGGAGAGAACGCAUUUCAACAGCAAGAAAAUUACCUUCUUCAAAAGGGCUUGCUACACAACACGGAAAAGGAUCUGAUAAUAGCUAUGAAAACAAAGUUGUUUUUCGUCACUUGCGAGAUGGGGACAUUGUGCUUGUCAAUCGACAGCCUACACUUCACAAACCCAGUAUAAUGGCGCAUGUAGUUCGUGUAUUGAAGGGGGAGAAAACAAUUCGUAUGCACUAUGCAAAUUGCAGUACGUACAAUGCUGAUUUUGAUGGUGAUGAAAUGAAUGUUCAUUUUCCACAAGAUGAAAUUUCUCGAGCAGAAGCUUACAAUAUCGUAAAUGCAAAUAACCAAUAUGUAAAGCCUACCAGCGGUGAUCCAAUUAGAGCCUUGAUUCAGGACCAUGUCAUAAGUGCUGUCCUCCUUACAAAGAAGGAUACCUUUUUGCGCUGGGAGGAAUUUAAUCAGCUUCUUUAUAGUUCAUGUGUUUCAGCCCGUCGGUCAGAUGCUUUGUCUGGAAAACCAGAUCAAAAGGUUUUCAUGUGUAACAUUGAAGGCACAAUGCAGCCCCUUCUUCCUGCUAUUUGGAAACCAGAGCGUCUUUGGACUGGAAAACAGGUCAUCACUGCCUUGCUAAAUCAUAUUACUAGGGGUUCUCCGCCAGUUACUGUAGAAAAGGAUGCAAAAAUCCCACGUGGUUUUUUUAACUGUAAUCUUGAAGAAGAGAAAUUUGAUGAAGAGGAACUACAGAAAAAGAAGAAACGAAGCAAAGGAAAACAAGCUGAUGAAUGUGGAUCACAGAAUGAGAAGAAACCAGACAAAAAAGUAGAUAACGAUAAAUCAAAGGACACAGGGGUUGUAGAUGAGAACAGUUUAUUAAUCUAUAAAAACAAUUUGGUGCGCGGUGUGAUUGACAAGGCUCAGUUUGGUGAUUAUGGUUUGGUCCAUACAGUGCAGGAGCUCUAUGGCUCAGAUGCUGCAGGAAUAUUGCUUUCUGUAUUGAGUCGUUUGUUUACUGUUUAUUUGCAGAUGCAUGGGUUCACAUGUGGUGUUGAUGAUCUUCUGGUAAUGCCGAGCAAAGACACAAAAAUGAAGGAACAACUUGAAAGUUGUGAAGAGAUUGGUGAAAAAGUUUUCCGUGAUUUUAUCGAAGUCGAAGAUGAUAAAAGAAAAGAUCUAGUGGCACUGCAAUUGAACAUUGAAAAAUUUAUACGGAGUAAUGGAGAAUCUGCCUUGGCAGCCUUGGAUAGGAGAAUGAUUAGUCAGCUUAAUAACAAGACCUCCAACUCUGACGUCUUCAAACAAUUAUUGUUGAAAGGGUUAUCAAAACCGUCCGUUAAGAAUUGUAUCUAUCUUAUGACCACAUCUGGGGCUAAAGGUAGUGUGGCCAACCUCCAACAAAUAACUUCGUAUUUGGGUCAGCAAGAGCUAGAAGGCAAACGGGUGCCUCAAAUGGUUUCUGGAAAGACCUUACCGUGCUUUCACCCAUGGGAUUGGUCAUCUCGAUCUGGAGGCUUUAUUAUUGAUCGUUUUCUUACUGGUCUUCGGCCUCAGGAGUAUUAUUUUCAUUGCAUGGCUGGUCGUGAAGGGUUGGUUGAUACAGCUGUCAAAACAUCUCGUAGUGGGUACCUGCAAAGGUGCCUAAUAAAAAAUCUUGAGUGCCUAAAAGUUUGUUAUGACCAUACCGUCCGUGAUGCUGACGGUUCCAUUGUUCAAUUUUAUUAUGGAGAAGAUGGUGUUGAUGUCCAUUUGACAAGCUUCCUACAAAAAUUUGACUCCCUGGCAGCUAAUAAAGAAAUGUUCCAGAACAAAUUCCAUCGACAAAUCGACAAAUCCGAUCCUUACAUUGCUGAGCUGCCUUCAGCUCUCAAGUAUAAAGCAGAGAAGUUCGUGCUUGAUUUGUCCUUGAAGGAGGAAAGUCAUAACUUAUUCCGCCAAGUGGAUUUCUUGAAGUUAAUGGAGCAUAAAUACCUCUCUAGUCUUGCUCAACCUGGAGAACCAGUUGGUGUUCUUGCUGCUCAGUCAGUAGGAGAACCGUCAACUCAGAUGACACUGAAUACUUUCCAUCUUGCUGGAAGAGGUGAAAUGAAUGUGACACUUGGAAUCCCUCGUCUUCAAGAAAUCUUGAUGACUGCUGCAAAUGAGAUUAAGACUCCGGUCAUGACAUGUCCAUUGCGAAAGGGGAGAUCAAAGGAGGAAGCUCAGCAUCUAGCUAAUAAGUUGAAGAAGAUCACUGUGGCAGACAUAAUAGAGAGUAUGGAAGUUACGUUGUUGCCAUUUGUCCUUCAGGGUCUUGAAACUUGCCGUAUUUAUAAACUUCAAAUGAAACUCCACAUACCUGAACAUCUUCAAAACAUCGUUCAAGAUAUAUCAGAAGAUUGGGAGGAAAUCCUAGAGGUUAUGUUUGUUAGGGCGUUGGAAGAUGCCAUACAAAGUCAUGUGCUCUUGCUUUCCAAAAUUAGUGGUAUAAAAAAUGUCACUGAUGCACCACAAAAGGCAUCAAAUGAGACGGAUGAAAAUAUUUCUAAAAGCGGACAUCAACAUCAGGAAGAAGACGAUGACAAUGAUGGUGCAGACGAUGGUGAAGGGGCCGAGGAUUUUGGUAUGGAUGCACAAAAGCGAAAGCUUCAAGCUUUCGAUGAGAUGGAUUAUGAAGAUGGAUGUGAAGAUGAAGUGAGAGAUGGAGAUCUGACAGAUGGAGAUGAAGUCGAAAAUGAUGCGGAUAAUGAUGAGGAGAAUGAUGUUGAAACUGGUAAGGAUGGUGCAAUUGAGGUUGUAGAUGCUACUGAUGAAAUGCCUACAAGUCCUUUAGAAGAGGCUGGAAACCUGCCUAAGCCCAAGUCAAAGGAGAAAAAGAACAAAUCAGGAGCCACAAUUAAAAAGAAAAAGAUCAGAGCUCAGUUAGUAAGAAAAGACACCGACAGGUCAAUAUUUGUGUCAGCGAAGGGGUUCCACUUUGAGGUCCAUUUUAAAUUUACCGAUGAACCUCAUAUUUUGCUGGCUCAGAUUGCUCAGCAGACAGCCCAGAAGGUUUCUAUGCAAAGAUCUGGCAGUGUUGAUGACUGUAAACAAAUAACUUGUGACGAAAAUCAAGUCCUCUUAUACGGAAAGGAUCCUGAGAAUAAACAAAGUUAUUCAUCCAAGGAAAAAAAGGAGAUGGCAGCACUGCAGACUACUGGAGUGGAUUUCCGUACAUUUUGGAAAUUGCAAGAUGUUCUUGAUGUCAGGUAUUUAUAUUCCAACAACAUACAUGCUAUGCUGAACACUUACGGAGUUGAAGCCGCCAGGGAAACUAUCAUCAGAGAAAUUAUGAACGUUUUCAAGUCUUACGGGAUAUCAGUCAACAUUAGGCACCUUACGCUUAUAGCUGACUACAUGACUCACUCGGGUGGUUAUCGACCAAUGAAUAGAUUUGGAGGCAUAGCAGAGUCAAUAUCUCCGUUUAAUAAAAUGUCUUUUGAGACAGCUUCUAAGUUCAUUGUCGAAGCAGCAUAUCACGGGCAGACGGAUGACUUGGAAACGCCAUCCUCGAGGAUCUGUCUUGGAUUGCCAGUCAAGGUAGGCACUGGAUGUUUUGAUUUGAUGCAGAAGAUAGAGGUUUAGCGUACAGAGAUCUGAGCUUGUUUCAUAUGAACACAAUUUUGGUCGGUGCGCCUAUCUUGGCAUGUCAUUACAGGGCUCUUUUGUUGUCUUAUGUAUUGUUUUUUCUCCAGAACGUAGUCUGAUAUCUGUUUUUAGUGGACACAACAAUCUUGGUGUUG